AUGUAAUAAGAGGAUUAGGAAAAGAUUAAUCUGAUUAGUGAAUUAAAUCUGCAUAAAUAAUAGGUGGAGGAAUACAAGUCUAAAUACUUUUAGGCAUAAAAGGAAAUUGAGAACAAGAACAAAGAAAUUGAAGGUUUGAGAUAGAUGAUGUAAAUGACCUAGUCUAUAAGAGGAUCUGAUGGGAGAUAAUCAGAGGAUUUGAGAAGAAAUUUGUAGGUUUUGAUGUCAGAGAAUCAAAGUUUGAAAUCGCAGAACCAGGAAUUGUAAAAUUAAUUGCAACAAUUUAAUCAACAAAUGCAAUACCAGCCUUAACAAUAAUAACAAAUUCAAUUGCAACAAGAAAUCAAUAGAUUAAAUAAUGACAAGAUGCUAAUUUAAGGGAAUUUAGAUAUAUUACAAUAACAAUUUGAUGCUAAAACUAAGGAUUUUGAUUAAUUAAAGGUGAGGUUGUAAGCAAUAGAUUUUAUACAGAACUUACCUUAAGGUUAAGAAGCUAAUAAAAUAUUGGUUAUGGGUAAGGAAAUCUAGAGAUUGAAUUCAUAGUUGAUAUAGAGAGAUUAAGAACUGGAGAAUCUGAGAUCAUAAUUACUUGAACAACAGAAGGGGCUGUAAGAAAGGGAUAAUUUAUCAGCUCAAUUGAGAUCAUAUGAAGACAAAGUAAGAGGAUUAUCAACUGAUAUUGAAAGCAUGUUAAUAUAAGUGGGUGGUUUGAAAUAUGAUGUUCAACUAAAGAAUGAUUUGGAGAGAUGUAAAUAAUAGAAAUUAGAUCUUGAGAGGGAGUUGGUGUUAUGGAAGGACAAGCAUACAAAAUUAGAGAAUGAUUCUAAACAUCUUUAUGAAAUCGAAAGAAAGACUGAGGAUUUAUAAAAUAGAUUGAUAAGAACGAAUGAAGAAAAUGAGAGAUUGGAGUAGGAGAAUAGGGGAAUAUAAUUGAAAUUGUAAGCAUUCGAUAGAUUACUGAGAGAUAAGGAAUAAUUGGAAAGGAAAAUAUAAGAUCAAGAAUCAACACUAUAUAAUAUGGAAUAAUAAUUGAAUGAGAAGAGAAGGGAAAUGGAGUAAUUGAAGAUUAGGAAUAGAGAUUUAGAAUAAGAUUUUAUUAAUUUUAAGGAGAAUAUAUUUAGACCUAAUGAAGAGAGAUAAAAGAGAUUGGAAAUAGAAAUAGAGAAUUGGAGAAAUAAAUGUUUGGCUUUGGAAAGUAACUUUUUUGGGAAUAAUGAAAGAUUGUAUGUGGAAAAUGAAUUGAAGAGAUUACAUGGAAUUGUAAUUUAAUUAUAAUAAGAAAAUGAUGAAUUAAAAUCUAGACCUAGAAGAAAUCAAAAUAAUUACGGUGAUGAAUAGAGAUUGAAAAUAUUAUUUGCAGAAAGAGAGAAAUUAUAUAUAGAACUUGAAGAGGCAAGGAGAAGAAUUGCUUAAUUAGAAAGAUAACCAUAAAUGUAAUAAUAAUAAUAGCCUUUCUAAUAUUUUGAUGUCAGUGAUAGUGAUAAGGAUCAGUAAAUUUAGGAACUUAAACAAGGAAUUAAUUUGUUAAUAGAUGAAAAUAAACAAUUGAAAGCAGAAAUAGAUAAAUAGUAUUUACAGAUUGAAUAAUUGGAGAUUGAUAAGAAUUAUAUUAAAACUAAGUAAAUUGCUCCCAAGGAAACUGUUCUUGAGAUGCUGGCCAAAUAACCUGAUUUACAUAAGAGUGUUUUGGAAUAGUUGGCUAGAAGAUUAUAUGCUGAUCUAAAGGCUAAGGACUAAAUUAUAGAAUAGAUGAAUCAGAAUUUAUCUGUUAGCUAAUAAUUAUAAUAUGAGAAGAAGAUUCAAGAUCUAGAGGGUUAGAUUCAAACACUUAUUAAUAAUUAAAGAUAAUAGCUAUCCAUUUCUUAAAACAAUUUAUUAUAAUAACCUGAAUAGUAAUCUUUGAACAAUUCAAGACUUUCCAGUCCUAAUAAAAAGAAAAUAUUCGAUUAAGUAGAUUUUGAGAAAAUUAUUGAGGAGAACUAGUAAUUGAAAAACGAGAUUAAGGACUUGAAGUAAUAAAGGGAUUAUGAGUUCAUAGAGUUAUUAGAGUAGAAGGAUAAAGAAUUGGAAUUAAUUAAACUCAAAUUUAAUCAAAUUUCAAAUAAUGCAAGCGAUUUCAAAGUUGAUGAUUUGAAGAAGUUGAGGGAUGUAUUGGAAUAGAAGGCUUAUGAGGCUUAAGAAUGGAAAGAUAAAAUGGCAGCACUCCAAAUGUAAGUAAGAAAUAAAGAAAACUAAAAUUAUAAUAGACCAUUUAGUUAAAAUAUUCUAGAAUAAGAAUACAAGAAAUUGAGUUAACUAUAUGAGUUGAAAUCAUUGGAAGUUGAAGAAUUAAGGGCUAGAUCAGGAGUUAAUGGUUAAUUGAUUAUAAGUGAGAACUUACAAAGCCAGAAUUUGGAUGUCAUUAAACUGAAAAGAAUUUUGGAGAUGAGAACUGCUGAACUAGAAGAGUGGAAAAAUAAAUGUUUAAAGUUUUAACAAUAUUAAAUCUAAUUACAAAAUCAGAAUUAAGGUAGUAAUGGUGUGUCUGACAUGGAAGAACACAUCCGUAAACUCAAACUCACUCAUGAUUAUAAAACAAAAGAAGCCGAAGAUUGGAGAUAAAGAUACAACUAAUUAUUGAAAAAUCAGGAUCCUAAGUCAGGGAAAGCCAUUGAUGAAAUGUAGGCAGAGCUAGUUAAGUUAAAAAGGAUUCAUGAUGCUAAGCACUAAGAACUAUAAGAAAUGUAACCUAGAUUCUAAAGGAUGUAAUAAGAAAAGGAUGUUUUAGAAAAUGAAUUAAGAAGACUUAAAUACUCAUUGGAAUAAUAGAUUUAGGAUAAUGAUUUGUUGAAAAAGAAACUUGGAAUCAGCACAGGAGGUAAUAUGAAUAAUUUAUCAAAUGAUAAAGUUGUAAGAGAGUAGUAAUUGAAAAUCUAAUAGCUGCAGUAAUAAUUAUAAUAGUAUUAAAAUCAAAUGAACGAUUUCAGUUAAGAACACAACAAAUUGAAAUAAACACACUAAUUAAAAUAAGAUUAAAUCAAGUCUAUUGCUUUGAAUAUUGACACAAAAGAAUAGUAAAUGAGACAAUUAUUGGAUGAAAACUAAAAGUUAAAAAGUGCUUUAGACUAAAAAUUAAAGGAUAUAGAGGAACUGAAACUUUAAUUAUCAAAAGCAUCAUAAAUGCUGUAAUAAACAUCUAGAGAAUAUUAAGAGUAUAGAAAAUCUACAUAAUCUGUUGAGAGUUAUAAGGCAUAAUUAACGAUCAUGUAGAAUAAGAUUUAAGAGUCAGAUAAAAGAGUGUAAUAGAUAUAGGGGGAUAUGCAAAAGUUAUAAAAUGUUCUUAGAGAAAAGGCCUCUGAAAAUGAAAAGCUCAAAGAAAAUUUAAAUAAGGUGAAUCAAUAUUAAAACGAGAAGAAUAUGGUAUUGCAACAGUUGCAGUAAGCCAAGACUACAUUGUAAGAGAAAUAAAAGGAGAAUGAAAAGUUUAAAUAGUAAUACUCAUAAUUGCUAUAACAACAUUAAAAAUUAUAGACUUAAUAGGCUGAAACUAAGAGUUAGUUGGACAAAUUAAGAUCUGUUUUAGGAAAUUUUGGAAAAUGA